AUGGUGGGAUUUUUGGCAUUGCAGUGCUUGAUUGAUUUGUUGGUAGCAUGGAUUUCUCUGAUGAUUGGGCUGGGAAUCUUUGCCCUUAUCCUUUCAAUUCUCUGCUCAGCUGCUUUCUUACACAAUGCAAAAGAGGCUUUUAGAGAUGCUUGGAAAUCGACGUGCGAAUCUACAGGCUCUCCUACCAUGCAUGUUCCCGUGGGCCAUAACUUUCUAUUGCAUUCGUUGAUCUUUGAGGGUCCUUGUACGUCCAAUGAUGUUCGAGUUGAGAUUAAUGGGAACAUAGUUGGAGAAAGUGAUCCUUUGGAAUGGCAGUGCAACGACUGUGAUUGUCCCAAGUGGAUUAUGUUUUCUAAAGUGAACGGGCUCUCCAUCACUGGAUCCGGUACGAUCAACGGCCAGGGAUCGAAUUGGUGGGCUGGGACUUGGAAACAGAAACAUGCAAGAUUCUCCAUCUUUGGCUUGAGCAAUUUUGAUGCGAAGGCUUGUAAGAAAAAACCAACGGCACUGACCAUUUACCACAGCACACAUGUGAAUGUUAGUGGCCUAACCUUUGUGGACAGCCCACAAAUGCAUGUGGCCGUUGAAAGUUCCACAUGGGUGUAUAUGUCCAAUCUCUCUAUAAAAGCUCCAGAAGACAGUCCAAACACGGACGGAAUCCACAUCCAAGGGUCCAAAUACGUCAAGAUCAGUCAUUCUCUCAUUGGGACAGGAGAUGAUUGUAUUUCAAUUGGACCCGGUUCUUCUUACAUCAACAUCAGCACAAUCACAUGUGGACCUGGUCAUGGAAUAAGUAUUGGAAGUCUCGGUAAAGGAGAGCGGAACGAAACAGUGGAAAAUGUUCAUGUAAGUGGUGUGGUACUUAACAGAACUUCUAAUGGAGUUAGAAUAAAGACAUGGCAGGGAGGAAUGGGCUACGCUAGAAACAUUGUGUUUGAAGAUAUAUCCGUUAAUGAGGCCGAUCGGCCUAUCAUCAUUGACCAAUACUAUUGCGACGCCGAUGAGCAAUGCAAAAAUCAAACAUCAGCUGUGAAAGUGAGCAACAUCACGUACAACAGAAUUUUUGGAACAUCGCAGCGGAGUAAUGCCAUAAAUUUUGCAUGUAGCAAGACGGUUGCCUGCACAAACAUAUUUAUGUCCAACAUUGGCAUCGAUUCAAUUGGAGAUAAUGAGCUUACAACAUCAUUUUGCCAAAAUGCCUAUGGAAUUAUUCGAGGACAAGUCAUUCCUAAUGUUCCAUGUCUAGUAGCCUAUACACAAUAAAAAUUUCAUGUACUCUUUAACUUCAAAGGUUUUUUUUUGGGGUUGCUUGUACAUUAUUUCAAUAAAUUAGAAAUAUAGAGUCAUAUGGUAAA